AUGUCCCUAGCCACGACUGAAGAUGGCGACACAAGACCAACGCUCAAAACACCACUGCCCAAUCCUUCCCUACAGGUCACAGCAGACCACAACCUGAAGCAAGUCGAUGCGCCCGUGUAUGCGCCCGCCAAAGGCGAGGUCCUCCUUCACAUCAAGGCAACUGGUGUGUGCGGUUCCGAUAUUCACUUCUGGAAAACCGGCCGGAUAGGACCGCACGUGAUAAAAGGGGACUGUAUCCUCGGCCACGAAGCCGCAGGUGUAGUCCUCGCAUGUGGCGAGGGCGUCACUACCCUCGUUCCAGGCGACCGCAUAGCCCUCGAACCCGGCGUCCCCUGCACACAAUGCUUCCUCUGCCAAUCCGGGCGCUACAAUCUCUGCUCCGCCGUACAAUUCUCCGGCGUCUAUCCCACACACGGCACCAUCCAGCGCUAUAAAACGCAUCCGGCAAAGUGGUGCCAUAAGCUGCCACCCAACGUCUCUUUUGCAGAGGGUGCGCUGCUCGAACCCUUGUCCGUCGUCAUACACGGCAUUGCAUCUGCCAGGCUGUCACUGGGUCGGGCCGUAGUAAUCUGCGGCGCUGGACCGAUCGGGCUACUUGCGCUUGCUGCUGCGCGGGCGAGCGGUGCGCAUCCACUCGUGAUUACGGAUUUGGAGGCGCAUAGGCUGGCGUUUGCAAAGGACUAUGUGCCAUCGGUUUUGCCAUAUCUGGUGGAUCGGAGCGUGAGUGCAGAGGAGAAUGCGAGGCGGAUUAGGGAGUUGUUUGGUGUUGGGGAGGAUGGGAGUGAGCAUGGGGCGCCGGAGACGGUGUUAGAGUGUACUGGGGUGGAGAGUAGCGUGGUUACUGCGUGUUAUACUGUGAGGCGAGGGGGGACGGUCAUGGUGAUUGGGGUGGGCAAUGAGGUGAUGAAUAAUUUGCCCUUUAUGCAUCUUUCCGAUGGUGAGAUUGAUCUCCGCUUUAUAAACCGCUACCGCGACACCUGGCCUGCAGGUCUCCAGUGUCUCGCCGGCGGUAUCCUAGACGUCACUCCGCUAGUCAGCCACACGUUUCCUUUGGAAAAAGCGGUCGACGCACUGCAUACUUGUAGCGAUUUGAGUAAUGGGAGCAUCAAAGUGCAGAUCGUGGAUGACGUGGAUGAUGUCCUUUGA